GCAAAAACUUCGUUACCUUCGCCGCCAUGACCUCCGUCCUCGAAUGCUGGUCCAACCGUGGCGCCGGCGAACGCACCGACGACGAUCCAGUCGACCAAGUCCUCAUGUGCUCAGACGACAGGUCCGAAUCCCUCACCACCGCUCCACGUCUCGAUCAGACCUCCUCCGCUAUGCAGAAACGGUUCCAGCGUCUCGGCCGCAACGUCUCCGACGCGAUCGCGUCGCUCAAAAGCUCUCUCAGCCUCGAUUCGGUGCGUGAAAGCCAAAACGCAUCAUCGAACGGAGGAGGAGGAGGGAGGAAGCUAGUGUGGGCCACUGUUGUGAGAAACCUUGCCAAAAUGUAUCCAGGUAGUCAAUUACCGGAGAAGCUCGUCUCUAACCUCAGGAAGCAUUACGAUUCCUUGCCUCUCAGUUAUAGUCAAGCUGGUUUUGAUAUGAAAGAGGUCUUUGGGCAUAUAAAACUGAUAGAGCAAGCUUAUGGAGAUGAAUAUCCUGUGUUUGUGAUUGAGGAAGCUCAGGGCUCAGUGUUUAAGCUCACAUUCGCUUGUAGUUCUUCGUUUUCUUGGUCAACUAUUUCAGCGUCUCUUGAGAGUGCUUUGAUUAGUUGUAAGAAGGUUCAGAUCUUUGAGAAGAAGGGGUUGACUUUAGGAGUUGUUCUUCUUUUGGUUGAGUCUGGACAAGAGAAGUUGUUUAAGAAUAAGGUAGAGAAUGCGCUUAAAUCUGCGGUGAGGAAGUCUAAGUCAACAACCUCUGUGAAGCUUCCUUUUGGACUCUGCGGUUGUCAAGAACGUAAAGCGGGUUUAGGAGAGUUCGUGGAUGUUGAUGAAGAGUCUGUUGAUCAGUGCUGUGGGGAAGAGUUGGAUACUAGGAUCCAGCUUGAAAUGCCGCCAUUGAACUCUAAGUUUUCUGUGUUAGUAGAUGAAUGGCAGACAAUCCAAUGUGGCGGUGAUGAUAUUGGGAACUGGCUACUGUGUUCGGAUAGUGUCGAGUUUGGUGAUAAGUUGGGAUCAAAUUCAUUUAAAGGAGUUUACAGAGGGAAGAGGGUGGCUAUUGAGAAACUAAAAGGAUGUGAUAAGGGGAAUUCAUAUGAGUUUGAGAUCCGAAGAGAUUUCUUGGAGCUGAUGAGUUGUGGACACAAGAGUAUUUUGCAGUUUUAUGGUGUUUGCAUUGAUGAAAAUCAUGGGUUAUGCGUGGUGACGAAGCUGAUGCAAGGUGGAUCACUCCGUGAACUGAUGUUGAAGAAAAAGAAGCUUCAGACCAAGGAGAUAUUUCGAAUUGCUGUUGACAUAGCAGAAGGGAUGAAGUUCAUGAAUGAUCAUGGAGUUGCGUUUAGAGACCUUAAUACACAGAGGAUACUAUUAGAUAAGCAGGGAAACGCUUGUUUGGGUGAUAUGGGAAUAGUCACCGCGUGCAAGAGUGCCAGCGAGGCCAUGGAGUACGAGACAGAUGGUUAUCGAUGGCUUGCACCCGAGAUCAUUGCGGGAGACCCAGAGAAGACGAGUGAGAGUUGGAUGAGCAAUGCGUAUAGCUUCGGGAUAUUGCUUUGGGAGAUGGUGACAGGUGAGGAGGCUUAUGGAUCUUGCUCUCCAGUACAGGCAGCGGUUGGGAUUGCAGCUUGCGGGUUAAGACCAGAGAUCCCAAAGGAAUGCCCUCAACUCCUCAGAUAUCUUAUGACCAAAUGCUGGAACACUUGUCCCUCCACACGCCCUAACUUCUCUCAAAUCCACUGUACCUUGCUCCGUGCCAUCUCACGGUAACUCACUCUUCCAUCUCCACUUUUUCCAGGACGGUGGGUUUUUUUUUGGAGAAAAUCUGUAGCAUUCAAUCACAUAAGUAGUUCCACGUUAAAAUAUUAUUUUAAGAUAGCAAUGAUUGAGUGAUUAUUGUAGACGGAAUGUAGAAGUUAACAGGUUCAUUGUAAGCCUCUUUGCAAGCCCACUCUUAUUUUACCUUCUCAAUGGGCUUACUUUUUCCAAAUUAAGUCAUUUGACACACAAAAUAUGUUUUAUGCAUUUGACGAUGUUCAUUUCGUUUUUUAUUGUUGCUAACGAGAAAGAAAAAAA